AUGGCGAACCCCAAUCAGCGCUAUACCCACUAUGAGGGUAUUCUGUCGCAUCCACCAUUUGGUUUGGCCUCUAACGCCCGAGCAGACAAUCUAUCCAGGUGCAAAUCUGCGUCAUCUACGCACAGCGAUAAGCCGAAUAUCGAUACAGACCCCACCGUCGCACCACGAACUAAAGGAAUUCCCGUCGAGAGAACCUCGCCACCUCCUCCAUACGAGCCUCCCAGCCCUGCUGCAGCACCUACACCGGACGCGCAAAAGAAUGCUCAGCGAACUGAGAAGGAAGUGAGAUCCGAUGAUAAGACAACGGAUGGGAAGUCGACUGGAUCGUCCCCGAAUCCUCAAAAAAGUGCUCCGAAACCAAUCGGGAGGAGGAACUCAUGGAUCUCAACCCUCAGCUCCAAGUUCUCUUCGGGCUCUACACCCCCGUCGCAGUCCAGUUUGAAGAGCCAGCCGACCGUUAAGGCAACCUCUCCUGUUUCAAAACUCGAUAUGCACAACCCAUUCGGAGCAGCCUAUUCGCCCAAGGACAGGGACGAUGAUAGGAGAGACGAGCCAAAUCCGUUUACUUCCACUUCUCCCAAGGGCCCCUCGUUUCUUCAGAAUGCCUUUCGGAAACUGUCAUCCUCUGCAUCGGGCGGAUCGGGCAAGGUGGCUACAAAUGGCGUUAUCUGCGAGCGUCGCAUUAUGAACAUUGACCAGGGCCGCGAUAGGUGCAAGAUUCCAGAUUUGGACCAGGCCAAGUUACGGCGCGUUGCAUUUUGUGUAGACGUUGAGAUUGCCGGAAUUUCUCGCCGAGAGUCCGACGAUGAAAGCAGUCCUGCCAAUGCCAAGCAUCGGAUUGUCCCAGAUUUGAAUGGGAAAACGAAAAAGCCAGCUAAACCGAAAGACAAAGAUGAAGGCUCUGCUUUGAAACAUCCCCAGACGGUGUUGGCUGAUAAGGAAAAGCGGAACCAAGACAAUACCGCCUCUGGAAAGCAGGUUGGUCAACCGGAAGCCACUCCCAGUGAUGGCAAGGUAAACGGCGAAGCCAAGGAGCCGACUAGAAAACAAGAGAAGAAGAAGAGAUCGGAAGAGGAAAGGAAGGAGCGCAGGGAGAGGAGACGGAGACAAGCAGAAGCGAAUGGUUCUAUUCCUCUACAAUUAACGGCCGAUGAUGAUGAGGACCACCCCCCGGCGCCUCUACCCGGUAACCCGCGCUCUAGGACGCAGAGCCACCCGACAACAGACCCCGUACGGAUAUACAGACGUUGCUGCCAGUUACGGGAGACGCCCGUGUUGAAAAGGAUAGUUGAUGAAAUCUCCGCACCUUCCUCCAUCCUUGCGGAAUCUCCAGGAACGGUUGGUGUGCUUGAUCUUACCAACUUCCCCAUGACCCCUCAGGAUAUGGCCACUUUCUGUGACUGGCUGGCUGUAGUCCCUGUCCGAAAGGUUAUUCUGGAAAAGUGUGCUUUGACGGAUGACUCAGUGCGGUCAAUUCUUGCUGCUCUGCUUUCCACCAAAACAGUAGAGCAGAUGAGGCAAAGACGCAGGCGAACAGGAAAGUCAGGCUCUCAGGCUCCGGCGAAAGAAGAGAGGAAUAGCGUAGUAGAGAAACUAUCGCUCAAAGAUAACCCAAAGAUCGGCAAGGAAGGGUGGCGCCAUAUUUGCCUGUUUGUUCACCUCUCGAAAUCCUUAAAGGCCAUUGACCUGUCAGGUAUACCACUUCCGAAGACACUUAUCACAACACAUGAGCUGAACGGUCAGCUUCCGAAAACCUCAUGUUCCACCGGUUCCGCGGUGGAUGUUGCAACUCUUUUCUCUGAUUCCCUUUCUCGGCGCUUCGGCGGUGACCACCUUGAAGAACUCUUGCUGAGCGAGUGCAAGCCCACAACAGAGGAGGUGAAGAAGAUCUGCGAUGCAGCCACAACUCUCGGCUUGAGGAGGCUUGGCUUCGCGAACAAUGAGCUGAACAGAGAAGGCUUGGAACAUGUUAUACGAUAUCUUAAAUCAAGCAAAUGCGAAGGACUUGAUCUAGGUGGAAAUCCGAUCCGAGAUCAUUUGGACCUGAUUACAUCGGCAAUUGAAAAAGAAACCAACCUUUACGCGCUGAGCCUUGCCGACUGCGCUCUUACUCCGACUGCCAUUAGUCCUUUGCUACAAGCAUUGGCUCGCCUGCCUAAUCUCAUAUUCAUUGACUUCUCCCAUAACCCAGAGCUUUUUUCCAGCCAGCCUGAUGCUCUAGUGACUUUCCGGCGUUUCCUGCCAAAAAUGCCCUCAUUGAAGCGCAUCCAUUUGGCUGAUGUGAAUUUGUCAGCCGACCAUGCCAUCGCUCUUGCUGAAGUCCUGCCCGAAUGCCCUAAACUGUGCCAUCUGAGCAUCUUGGAAAACCCCGCCAUCAGUGCGCUAGCUGCUGCAACAGACUCGAGUAACCAGGAAGAAGCCUGCGCUGUUUACGCUUCCUUAAUGGCAGCGGUACGUGUGUCGCGGACCAUCAUAGCAGUGGAAAUCGAAGUCCCAAGUGCAGAAAACAAUGAAGUUGUGAAGGCUCUCGCCUCCCAGAUCGUGGCCUAUUCUCUUCAAAAUCUUGAACGAGGUGCUAUUGAAGGAGAUUUAUCUGUGCCUGGUGACCCGUCCGGUGCACGUGAGACCGUUCCUGUGCCCGAGAUCCUGCAACAUAUUGUUGGCCAUGGCGGCGGGGAUGAAGUUGGCGAUGAAGAUGAUGAGCCAGCUCCUGAUGAGGAUUACGUCAUUGGAGGAACCGGUGUAGUCAAAGCCCUGGGGGUUUGCCUUGGUAACCUCGAUCAUCAUAUGCCCGGAGAUCAGUCUGGUCCACCCAGUGGAACGACAACGCCUAGACACAGGAAGUCCCGGUCUUAUGCGGCGAAAAGGCCCCGUGAUAUGUCGAAGAACUUACUUGAAUCCGCUCGAAACAUUCGGACCAGGAUUCAAUCGGCUCUUGUCCGUGAGGAUAGAGCCGGCAAUGAUAUCAAUUACAGACGUCUUCAAUUCCUGGAUUUCACCUUGCAUAGGAUGAUUCAGCGAUUCGAGGACGAGUACCCAGAGACGCGGAUCAUACCACAACCGGUCUUUGCCACAGCCCCGGAUUCGAGCUCCCAGAACUCUGGUGACGACGUAACCGGUGGGGCUACAUUCGGCACUCAGCCGAUCACGGAUCAAGGCGAUGAGUGUGCUAUUGAUGAUGAAGAUGCCGACCAGUACGCCUUAGGCAUAUCGCGAGCAAGCUCGAUGACUUCUCUCCAUUCACGUGCAAUGACCUCCGAAGAAGGCCAUGUCCAUCGUCUUGGCCAAAACCUUCGCCGCGACUUUCUUAAUCCCUCAUUCAAUCAAGGCGAUGGUGAUUCAUCUCUCACCCUAGAUGAUGCACACAUUGCAGCCCUUCGCGAGAAACUCGAACGUUUGCAGGGGGAGCAGGAACACUCUCAUUUUGACGGCGUGGGUGCAGACAAAACGUUCGAGCAGUUAGGCACGACUGUAGAAGAACUGUGGGCAGCUCAUAAGCAAGAUGCAGAAACCUUUGAGAAAUUCAAACAGAGCCAGAUUGCGGCUCAAAUUAAUAGCGGAAUGAGAACCUCAUCAUCAGGGAACGGCGCUGGCAGCCAGAACAGACAGGACUGA